AUGGCUUUCAAAUUUGGCAGAUAUUUUCUCUCAAAUGUUGUAUUUUAUAAGAGUUCUCUGAGUUUUGCAUUUGUUAAUAGAAAACCUGUUGUACCAGGUCAUAUUCUUGUUACUUCAUAUCGAAUUGUGUCUCGUUUUCAUGAACUGUCAUCUGAAGAAGUGUCUGAUUUAUUUAAUUGUGUUCAUUGUAUUGCCCCUUUAUUACAGCAGCAAUAUAAUGCUACUAGUCUGACUAUUGCUAUUCAGGAUGGUAAAGAUGCUGGACAGACUGUAGAACAUGUACAUGUACAUGUACUUCCAAGAAAACCUGGAGACUUUCAACGCAAUGAUGAAAUUUAUGAAAAACUUGAGACACAUGAUAAAGUUGAAGAUAAGUUUCGAACUGAAGAGGAAAUGGCUAAAGAAGCAAGUUUAUUAGAAAAACUAUUUAUUAACAAGACAGAAUAG